AUGGGCGACGGGCAGGCGGAUAACACAUCGACCAUGUCUUUGAGCACAGACACCGUCCCAGCCCAGGAAACUAGCAUUUCCUGCGAUCCCAAUGAGACCUCGAGCUCCGGCACUGCUCAGGUAAUCACAGCGCCCCAGCGGCUGAAAGUGGGCGAGUCGAUGACCGCUCACGAAGCCAGCGGGAAGGGCGCCAAAGACAUGGCCGCGUACAAGUUCUGGUCCACCCAGCCCGUCAUGCGCUUCGACGAGGAGGCCAAACAAGUCGAGGACGGCCCUCUGCAGCACCUCAAGCUGCACGACAACGCCGACGUGGAGGACGUCUGCGAGCUAAUGAACAGGCACUACGUCGAGGACGCCGACGAGAUGUUCCGCUUCAACUACGGGACGGGCAUCCUGAAAUGUCCCGCAAGCUCGUCGCCUUCAUCUCGGCCGUUCCCGGUCCAGCUGCGCGUGCGCGGGAACGUCCUCGACGCCGCCGAGGUCAACUUCAUCUGCGUGCACAAGAAGCUGCGGUCCAAGCGUUUGGCUCCGGUGCUGAUCAAGGAGAUCACCCGGCUGUGCAACAGGGAGCGCGUCUGGCAGGCUAUCUGCACCGCCUCGGUCGUCCUCCCGAAGCCUGUGAGUACGUGCCGGUGCUACCAUAGGGCGCUCAACUGGCAGAAACUCUACGAGGUCGGCUUCAGUCACUUGCCAGCCGGGAGCAAGCCCCAGCAUCAGGCUCACAAGUAUGCCUUGACAGGCCAGACGUCUAUCAAGGGCUGGCGGGAGAUGCAGGCGAGGGACGUCGAUGCCGUUCACCAACUUCUUUCGCGACUCCUUGAGCGCUACGAUAUAGCUCCUGUCUAUAGUCGUGAGGAGAUCAGGCACUGGUUUGUCCCCGAGCUGGCUGAGGGUGAUGACCAGGUCGUGUGGGCGUACGUCGUCGAGGAUGGUGGAGGGAGAAUUACAGACUUCGUUUCCUUCUUCUCCCUGGAAUCGUCCAUCAUUGGAAACCCGAAACACAAAGCCCUCCGAGUGGCUUAUCUAUUCUACUAUGCAUCAGAGGGCGGCCUCACUGCGCCAGCUGACCGGCCAGCAUACAAGACACGCCUGAAUCAGUUGAUCGGCGACGCUCUCACAGUUGCGAAGCGUGCCAAGUUCGACGUCUUCAAUGCAUUAUCUCUGAUGGACAACGCUCUCUUCCUCGAGCAGCAGAAGUUCGGUCCUGGUGAUGGUCUAUCGCACUACUAUCUCUUCAACUACCGGGUUGGUCCGGUGAGAGGAGGCAUCGAUAAGGAGAAUCAGCUGGACGAGCAGAGGCUUAAUGGUGUAGGGUUUGUAAACCUUUGA